UCAGUGUGAAAAGGUACGUUUUCCUUUAGUUGUAGCAUCAUGUUUUACUUAGCUGGCAUCUUUUACCGAAGAGCGGCAUAAUUACGUAGAUAAUUUAGUGGGUUAUAAUGUAACCACAUAUAAACAUCGUCUCCUCAUAUUGAACACUUUAAGUUUGGUGGUCAGGAGGUGACGAGUCGAGUGCAGGUAAAUUAUACUGGCCAGGGUGAGGCAAUGUGAAGAAAAGCAGCAGUGACAUUGCCUGGAAGCAGUGAAGAGGCAUUAGGACAAAACGAUAAGGCGAUGAAGAGAUGAGCAUUUGACAAGCUCAAGAUUAAAUGAAAAGCAAAGAAAGGUGCCAGAGAGAGAGAGAGAGAGAGAGAGAGAGAACUGUAAAAUAAAGUCUCUAUAGCAGACACAUGCACAUAAUUACCUAUUCCUCUGAGGUGGCUUUUCCAUAUGUAGUGAUGAUCACUGUAAUUUUAAAAUGAGUUGACUGAAUGCAGUCACCAUAAUACAGCAUUUUAUUGUCUAUUUUUCCAGUCUGCCAUGUUUUGCCCUUUUUGCGGACAAGAUCUGGGAACAGUUCAAGUCUUCUGUCAUUCAUGUGGCAAAAAUGUACAAUUCUUGGCACAAGCUGAAGACAACAGUUCAGCAUCGAACAGCCCCACAGAAGAGGACCUGAUUAGAAAAUAUUUCCAUGCUGGCUACAGCAACAAUGAAAUUUUGGAUUUUCUGGGAACCAUUCAUAAUGUUAAAUUGAGUCUUCAUUCCCUAAUAUAUAAACUGAAAAGUUUUUCUUUGUCUAGAGAAAAAAAUUACACUUCUCUUGAUGUUGUACGCACUGCCAUUGAACAAGAGCUGAAGGGACCUGGUCAGCAUUAUGGCUACCGUUUGAUGUGGCAAACACUGCGCCAGAAGUAUGGUAUGACAGUGAAAAGGGAUGAUGUCAUGGCUUUGAUCAGAGAGCUUGAUCCUUCAGGAAUAGAACUUCGCUCAAGACGGAGAUUUGUAAGAAGAGUGUAUAGCUCAGAUGGACCAAAUCAUGUGUGGCACAUUGAUGGCUAUGAUAAACUAAAACCCUUUGGCUUGGCAAUUAGUGGCUGCAUAGAUGGCUACUCUCGCAAAGUACUGUGGUUGGUGUGUCAAGCAAGCAACAAUGAUCCAGGAGUGAUAGCUCAAAACUAUCUGAAAUGUGUCUCAGAACGUGGUAUUGUACCAAUGCGGCUUCGGACGGACUGUGGAACUGAGAAUGGCAUGAUGGUGGCAGUCCAUUGUGCAUUAAGAUCCUCACACAUGGAUGAUUUUGCUGGAGCUGCCAGUCAUAUAUAUGGAUCCUCAACAGCAAACCAACGAAUAGAAAGCUGGUGGUCAUACUUUCGAAAGCAGAGGUCUCAGUUCUGGAUGGACCUGAUGAAUGAUCUGAAGGAGAGACAUCUCUUCAGUGGCAGCCAUGAACAUACAUGUCUAGUGCGGUUUGUGUUCAUGGAUGUGCUCCAAAGGGACCUUGACGAAUGCAGGGAAAGAUGGAACACGCAUACAAUCAGACCUGUUAAGCAGUCUCGUUGUCCAUCCGGUAAACCAGAUGUCAUGUACUACCUGUCUCACAGGUUUGGUGGAACUGACUGUGGGUUUCCAGUCACACCGGAGGAAUUGAGCCACUUUCGCACAGAGUCAGCCUGCAGUCCAUGUGGAGAUAACCAUCUUCAGGCCCGCUUUGAGGACCUGCAGCGACGGAGUGGUCUCAUGAAGCCCCUCAACUGGGAGUCCUGUGUGGACAACUACAUCAACCUGAAGAACAUGGCUGGUACUGCUGAUUGGAAAGCGUGAAGCUGACUGAAAAAUCAGUUUGGGCUGUGGCUGAAUUCCAGAGGGAGGCAGAGACUUUAAGCCUGUGGCGAACAUCAGGAUGUCCUGGAGCGAGAGCCCAGUUUGUUGUUCUGAAAAAAGAAGUACUGUGUGAAGUUAAAAACAAUGCAAAACAAUUGAUCAAUUGAAUGAACAGAAGAUAAUAAAGAUAAUAGUUUUUCUAAAUAAAAUUAACCUUCUGUCUCAAGAAGAUAGUCUCUCCAGAAUCCAAGUACUCUGUUUUCUUCAUGCCUUCUUGUACUUCCCUUUUCACUCAGCUCAACCUCAAAGAUUUCCUCCAACUUUGACGAUGUCAGCUGCUCCAGAGUUGCGCACAUGAAGGGCCUGAAUACAGAUGGAUGCUGCUCCAAAGCAUGAAUGACAUUGAGGGUUGAAAGCCCAUCCUUGAAUCUAGAAAAAAGAUAGUGAAAUCAUCACCACAUGGAUGCUAACAAUGGCAUAACCUUAGGUGCAGUUCCAUCAAUCAUACAGUCCAUGAAGACAACUUAGUAUGUUUAAUCUUGUAAGUCUUUGCCAUGUGAUCUUGCAUAUUCCCCCAGUGUCUGAAAGUGACUCCCAUACCAAAUGGCUAGUUUUUUCAGUAUCUUGCACCCUGUAUUCA